CGACGGGUGAAAUUCGAGUUUAUCUCGUGUACGCAUCACAGGCAUCGUUACCUGGUCGGCCCACAAACUCAACGCCUGUACAGCCCGUAUAGUGUGAUAACACCACAAGGGAACGUCGACUUGUGAACGGUGGUGUGACUGGGCCGACAGGUCUUGAGUGACACCGAAUAGACGGUGGAGAGAUAUGGGUUCAACGUCAAUCUCUGCGUGGGAAGACGUUGUUCGUCGCAAGCGAGAGGCUCGAACAGCCUUAAUUGCGCCGUGGUUGGAGACGGGCAAUGCCGAUCACGAACUCUCAGUUGAUGUGUUGAGUAUCAAAAGUAUCGACGAUUUGACGUCGCGAUAUGCGACUGGAGAGCUGCGUGCAGGAGAUGUGAUUAGGAGAUAUGUUCAGAGGUAGGGUCUGUUUCUCAUGUCAAAGAUCAAAGUUGACAUGCCACCACAGGGCCGCCCAAGUGCACCAGCAAGUGAAUUGCCUCACGGAGGUACUCUUCGACAGCGCUGUCAAGGAUGCUGAUCGACUGGACGAGUUUUUCAGUGCAAAUGGAAAACUUGUGGGACCUUUGCACGGGAUACCAGUCACGCUUAAAGACCAGUUCGAUGUCAAAGGAGUCGAUUCUACUAUCGGCUACGUGUCACGCGCAUAUCAACCGGCGGAAGAGGAUGGCGUGGUCGUGAAGAUCCUCCGGGACCUGGGUGCCGUGAUCAUAGCUAAAACAAAUCUUCCGCAAAGCAUCAUGUGGUGCGAAACCGAAUGUCCCUUGUGGGGCCUUACGACCAACCCUCUCAACCCUGAUUUCACCCCUGGAGGCUCAACAGGUGGUGAGGGGGCUCUCCUCUCGAUGCAAGGCUCAAUGAUCGGAUGGGGGACUGACAUUGGUGGAUCAAUCCGCAUUCCCAGCCAUAUCAACGGCCUCUGGGGCCUCAAGCCAACGAGUAUCCGUCUGCCAUAUAGAGGCGUGCCCGUAUCCACAGAAGGUCAAGAGCAUGUUCCGUCGGCGAUAGGUCCAUUGGCAAGAAGUCUGUCCACUGUGAAUCUGGUCAUGCAGAGCAUUCUCGAUUCGAAGCCAUGGCUAAUGGAUCCCCGCGUCGCCCCUAUACCCUGGCGUGAACAAAUGUUCCAGGAUGUCCAGUCAAGACCUCUGAGAAUAGGCGUUUUGGUCGACGAUGGUGUCGUGAAGGUUCACCCACCGAUUGAGCGAGUGUUGAAGGAAGUAGAAGCCAAGCUGAAAUCUGCAGGCCAUGAGAUUGUGCCAUGGGAUUCCGAGGGACACCGGAAUUGCAUCGAGAUUAUGGACCUUUUCUACACUGUCGAUGGUGGAGAAGAUGUACGGCGUGAAGUCGAAGCUAGCGGAGAACCAUUCAUUCCACACGUUCAGGCACUGGUAAAUCGUGGCAAACCUGUUUCUGUGUUCGACUACUGGCAGCUCAAUAAGAGAAAACUUGCCGCACAAAAUGCAUAUAGCGACAAGUGGAAUAGGAUACGAACUCCCUCAACAAACGAGCCCGUCGAUGUGAUUCUCAUGCCAACUAUGCCGCAUACAGCCGUGCCGCACAGGACUUGCCGGUGGGUUGGCUAUACCAAGGUCUGGAACUUUCUCGACUAUACAGCGCUCUCGUUUCCGGCUGGAGUCGCGGACAAGUCCAAGGAUGCACUUCCUACGACCAAGUACGAGCCUAGGAACGACUAUGACUCGUGGAACUGGGGAAUAUACGAUGCAGAUUCUAUGGACGGUCAUCCAGUUGGUUUGCAGAUCGUUGGACGGAGAUUUGAGGAGGAGAAGGUGCUUGGAGUAGCGGCAGUAAUCGAGAAGUUGUUGAAGAAGUAGAUCGUGGCAUGCCACCGGCGACCUCGACUUGGACUUUUAGAUAUCAUUGCUAUACAGCUAGAGCUCUGACCUAUGAUGGCCACCAAUCAUAAGAGAUCCCAAC